GUACUGAAAUGGAAACAGAUAAAGAUGAAAAAAAAGGAACUUGUUUUAGAUUAGAAUAAAUAGGUCGAUGCUGAUUUUGGCAGGAAGGAGUUUAGGGUUCUAAAAUUUUUAAAUUCUUAACAUAUUUCGAUUUUUAUUAAAGGCAAAUUCCUCAUGCCAAAAUCUGCUGCAUGGCUCUGUAGAUAUCACCCUUUUAAUUUAUAUUCGCCUGUAUAAAAAUCAUGUCAAAUCAAACGAAAACUGAGUCCACUUCCACUUUCUUGUUGUAGAAGACAAGAUAAGAAGCUCAUCAUUUGAUCAUUUCUCUUCCGACUUCCAUCUCCGUUUCAAGUUUUCAAAUUGUGGGAUUCUUCUUUUCCAGCGUUUUGCUUUGAUUAUUCAACCUCAAGUAUCUGAAAAUCUGGCAUUUGACUUUUGCCAUAUUCAUAUAUUCUUCAUUCUUACAGGAUACAUUUUCUUGAUUUGCGGGUUUUUGUGUAUGUUGGGGAUUUGGGUGUGAAAUUUGCCUACCCUUUUCGUUGUUUUGUUUGGUUUUGAGGAAAUCUUGUGUUUCUUGGAGAGAGGAUUUGGGUUGGUUUGAAUCUUGUUCAGGCGGGAGAAGUUCUUCAAGUGUUUGUUUAAAGGUCUAGCUGUGUUGGAAUGGUUCAGAUCUUUUCUGUAAAGAAGUAGAUACAGGUAGUCGUGUUUAUGCCGGAGUCCAGUAUGUGAUGGCUGAACAUAGCAUGGUAAUGUCCCAAGCCGAAAUUACGGCUCUAAAGGAGACACUUUGUGCUCAGCAAAAGCUUCUCCAGAAACUUUACAAUGAGUUGGAUGCAGAACGAGAAGCCUCCGCCUCUGCAGCUAGUGAAGCUUUAUCUGUGAUAUUACGUCUACAAGGAGAGAAGGCUGCUGUGCAAAUGGAAGCAGAGCAGUAUAAGAGAUUGGCGGAGGAGAAAAUCUGCCAUGCCGAGGAAUCUUUUGCAAUAAUCGAAGAUAUUAUCUAUCAGAAAGAAAUGGAGGUGGCUGCUUUAGAUUACCAAGUCCAAUCCUACAGGUAUAAAUUAAUAAGCAUGGGUUGUGCCGAUCCCGGUGUCGGCGAGUUAAAAUAUCCCGAAAACCUUUUGCAAAGAAAUGAAACUUUAGGGGGAGAUGCAAGCCUUCAAAAUAUGGGGAGGAGGAAUUCCGCACCUAUUACGCUGAAAUAUAAGAAGUUCAUUGAAAGAGAGAACUCUACUAGCCCAGAAAUGGAUUUGACUUCUAAGGCUGUUGAGGAGCUGACAGGUGAAGAAAUAAAUGAUGUUGCCUCGGAUUCAGAGAAAAAGGCUGAUACUUCUACUCAUGGAGGAAUGAUUUCUUACGGGGAGCAGAUAAGGAAAUUAGAUAUGCGGGUAAAAGAGAUAGCAGGAGCUAGCUACACAAGCUCCAGGAACGAGAUCCGUUCUCCUUCAUGCCUUUCUUCUCGGCCAAGUGCAGGAAAUUUAUCUUUACUGUCUUACUCUGCUAACCAGCCACAAGAAACACGGCCUCCCUCGCCACAGCUUGACCUCAGUAAAGUAGCCAUUGUGAAUGAAAUUGACCAGACUAAGCAUGCAGCUAAUCCACUGAAAAAAGGUGUAGCUGUUGAUAAUCCUUGUUCUCCGGGUGUCCAUGAUGUUUUUGAAGUUCCUGUUCCAGAAGCUGAGAGCUCCCGACCUUAUGAAUCAUCGACUAAAGACAAGAAAAAGACGGUGUGUAAAGAUAGUGAGCUUGAAAGCAAAGAUCUUGUUCACCCCGAUGCGGUUAAGCUGUAUGCUAAAGAUGAACCAGACUGGCUGAAGAAACUGUUGCAAUCUACUAAUCAUGAGAAGCAUUUGUGUAAACCAAGUGAUAUUGCUGCUCUCGAUCGUGCUGUUGUCCAACCUACCACGAGUGUUGCUGAAUCGCAGCCGAGUUUGAAUCAAACUAACAGGACUUCAGGGAUAAGUGAAGUUGAAAGGAUACCGGACUCCGCAAACAGAGAGGAAGAACUGAAAUUAUUAAAAGAGAUCAAAGAGAAACUAAAUUCACUGCAUGAUGAGAUCAGGAGUCAGACAGCGAAUAAAUCCGCCACGAGUGAGAAGCCAUCAUCCCUAUGUCAUCUCCCAGAGGCCAUGCUUUCCUUUUGGCUUUGAUCGAACAGAAAAAUUCCAAGAAAUUUGACGGUAAAAAACAGUUACUCAGGUUGUCUCUAUGUUACAGAAAGCAUGCACUAUCCAGUACACAUUGUAUAUUCCACCUCAUCACACCUGAUUUGUUCCAAAGAAAUUUCUGCAUUUCAUACUGACUGUCGUGACGGAGUUGACUGAUUUUCUUUGCCAUGCCAAGGAGUAUCUAUACACUGUUCCUUUGUACAGAUUGAAUAUCUUCGAUUGGAAUAUGUCUUCAUCCGGUCAUAUUUCUCAACCUUUCUUUGCUUGGAAAGAAGAAAGAUUUUCACACUUUCUAAUGUACACUAUUACUUCAUAUGAAAAAUAUCCGAAAAUCAAAGUUUCGUCUACUUGUCAGACAAGAUAUUCAGUUAUAAUAUUAUUCAUUAUUUUUACUC